ACUCUCAUACUUCCAGUGGCUUAACCUGCAUGUGUUCAGACUCUAACCAGCUCUCUUCACAUCUCUUCAUCUCUAUUCACAGUUAAUGACUUCACAGUGAUCAGGAAGAAGUUUAAGUGCCCAUACUGCAGUUUUUCCGCCAUGCACCAGUGCAUCCUGAAGAGGCACAUGCGUUCACAUACGGGCGAGAGGCCAUAUCCCUGUGAGAUCUGCGGGAAGAAGUUCACCCGGAGGGAACACAUGAAACGCCACACACUGGUGCACAGUAAGGACAAGAAGUACGUGUGUAAAGUAUGCAGUCGCGUCUUCAUGUCUGCUGCCAGCGUGGGCAUCAAGCACGGCUCUCGUCGUCACGGCGUCUGUGCAGACUGCUCAGGUCGAGGCAUGGCUGCCCUGCUGGACCAGAAUGGCGAGGAUGGCUCGCCAGAAGAGGAACUCUUGUAUCCCGGUGACCACCGUUUCCCCGAUGACACCGCCGAUGGUGACGGGGAAGAGGAGAUGAUGGUGGAAGCGGAGCUGAUGGGAGAAGGUGAAGAAGAGGAGGAGAAUGGAAAAUGGCGGCCUGGCUCAGGGAUGUCACAGCGAGACGACAGAGCAAUGGACGAUGGCAAAGAGGAAAGCGACUCGGCUCUGGAAGGAGACGCCAGGACGGGAAGCGAGAAAGACUUCAGUUGGAUCUCCUAGUCCAAUGCCUGGAUACUAUUCCAAGGUUUACCACCUGUUCCUAUAAGGAGAUAUGCUUAAGGCGGGGCAAUCGGAUCUCAGCAUGUGGGAGGCGCUGGAUACAAAGAGAUCCUUGAGAUGCCCACAGGGCUGCCGAAGGAGAGACAGUGGAGAGUCCUCUCGCCCCCGACUCCAUGUGCUUCUGACCCAGGCUUCAGUUUGUCUCCUUUCUUCCUUGAGGACCAAACGGGUUUCUGUGUAUGUGUUUGCUAUUUCUUCAGACAAAAGAGAUUGUGUUGUCUCGGGAGACUGUCCAAAUCAGUACCAUGCUUUGAUGGGUCAAACAGACAAAGUGUACGAAAGAUGUGAUCUUGCCAUAUGGUCAGCUGCCACCAGGGGGCGCUGGCUAAUCUAUUGCGCAGCAGUUCACGUCAGAAGACUUGCACCAGUUUUUUUUGGCACAUUGUUGUUUUCUGCGAAGAGAAACUGCAACAGACUUGCACUUUAAACGUUGACUAGAGUCCUAUCGAUUCCCUGUUUCUGCAGUUUAAUUUACAUAGAUGAAUAUGGUGACCGCACCUACCUUUAAGGAUACACAGUAUGUCCUUAUGACUGUUAUAUAUGAACAUUUGUGCUAGGUUUGCUAAUUAUAAUGUAUGCCUUGUAAUGUUUCAUUUCAUUGCAAUUUUCAUUCUUCAACAUUUAUUUCGAGUGGAAAAAUCAUGUAUAUAGAUACAUAUAAGUGAGAUGUUGAUUUUGUGUUUUCAACAAAGAACGGUAAAGGGGAAGGUGGGUGAACACUAUGCAGAAACUAAUCUUUCUAGUUCUCAACAAUCUUUAUUCUCUCUAUUAUGGGAGAGAAAACUUGUCUUCAGCAAUGGCAAAUGAGAGAGACUGGAGGAGAUAUACGAGUAGAUUUAUGGAAAUAUUACUUGUGUCCCACUGUAAUAUUUCCUCAUUAUUUGCAUUCCAUAGUGGACUCAGUCAGGGAUGGUAUGGUUUUAUACAGAGGGUUUCCAGUGUGGUGUUUCUAUUAAAAAAAACAACAAAACAAAACAAAACCUGUAUGCAAAUGUGUGUAAGUUGUAGGUUUGGUGUGUGGGGGUGUUUAACUUCAAAAGCCUUUACUGAAAUGAUUUCAGACUCUCUCCUCUCGUCCCUCUUUUUACGUUUGACGUACUUUGCGUUUCCUCACAGCCUUGCCAUUCUACUGUACUGAGUCUGCCUCUGAAAUCUUAAAGCCGUGUGAUGUGACAGGGAGAUAUCAUGCCUUCCCACUAAAUAUUUAUUGCUCUAACUUCUGGAAUAUUCAGAAAUAUGCAUCAAUUUCUUAAUCAGUGAACCACAGCUUUCUUUUGUUAUCA